GACUGACGUCAUGCCCUCUCCUACACUUCUACUUGCUUCUACCUCCUGUCAAUCUCUCACUUCUCUCGCUUCUCUUCAAUGCCCUUCACCUUUCCAUCAUCAUCAUUGAUCAUGGCUGUCAGAUGUGGACUUCCGUAGAUUCGUCGGGUGUUCUUGGGUGUUCUCUCAUGUUUUAACGGUGUUUGUCAACACACGCUGCUCUAGACCCGUGCAUCGCAUUUAUGCUCUCUCGCGAAUGUUCUCGGCAGCCGGUGAUACCUCCGAUAAAGCAUCCGUUCUCGCCGAUGAGAUGCCAUCGCCGGCAAUCGACUUCGCACGCGAUCGUUUCCCCUUCUGCAUAGUAUGGACUCCGAUUCCCUGUAUGACCUGGUUUUUUCCCUUCCUCGGACAUAUGGGAAUCUGCACGUCAAGUGGAAUCAUCCGAGAUUUCGCUGGUCCUUACUACGUCUCUGAAGACCACAUGGCAUUCGGCAGACCCACAAGGUACUGGCCUCUGAACCCCUCCAAGGCAAGGGACGGUGUCCAAGGCUGGGAUCGGGCCGUCGCGCAGGCAUCGGACGAGUACAAGGGGCGCAUGCACAACUUAUUUUGUGACAACUGCCACUCUCACGUGGCAAAGGCACUAAACAACAUGAACUACGGUGGGAGGUCUAACUGGAACAUGGUCAAGGUGGCUUUCCUCAUGCUUAUACGUGGAAAGUUUGUCAGGUGA